GAUGAAGUCGCAGCUUUUGCACGACACAUCAUGGCAUCUAACUAUGGGGAAUAUAGAGCAAGCGACCGAUGGCAAGCACGCGCCUGGCCGAGUCAAGGCCCUGGACUAAUCCUCGGGGUUGCCAUGGCAUGUAAGUACGAAAUUGAAUGCAUCGCGCACGCAGCGGAGCAACAGGAAGCCAGCGCUCGGGAUCCCCGAUGAACCCCAUCGCAACUGCACUAGUUGGCGGCCGCGAGCUCCAAACUCUCUCUUUUCCUUGAGCCCUUUACUAAAAUGCAGCUCCUGAACAGCAAGUCCCGUGUUCUGUCUGGCUCUCGCCAGCAGGCGGCCGCUAAGGCCGUCCGCGUGGCUCCUUCUGGCCGUCGCUCGGCUGUGCGCGUGAGCGCCGCGGUGCACCUGGACUUCAACACCAAGGUGUUCCAGAAGGAGCAUGCCAAGUUCGGCCCCACUGAGGAGUACAUUGUGCGCGGUGGCCGCGACAAGUACCCUCUGCUGAAGGAGGCGUUCAAGGGCAUCAAGAAGGUUUCGGUCAUCGGCUGGGGCUCCCAGGCGCCCGCCCAGGCCCAGAACCUGCGCGACUCGAUUGCUGAGGCUGGCAUGGACAUCAAGGUCGCUAUUGGCCUGCGCCCGGACUCUCCCUCGUGGGCCGAGGCUGAGGCUUGCGGGUUCAGCAAGACGGACGGUACUCUGGGCGAGGUCUUCGAGCAGAUUUCCUCUUCGGACUUCGUUAUUCUGCUGAUCUCUGAUGCUGCUCAGGCCAAGCUGUACCCCCGCAUCCUGGCUGCCAUGAAGCCCGGUGCCACUCUGGGUCUGAGCCAUGGCUUCCUGCUGGGCGUCAUGCGCAACGACGGUGUGGACUUCCGCAAGGACAUCAAUGUCGUGCUGGUGGCCCCCAAGGGUAUGGGCCCGUCGGUGCGCCGCCUCUAUGAGCAGGGCAAGUCCGUCAACGGCGCGGGCAUCAACUGCUCGUUCGCCAUCCAGCAGGACGCCACUGGCCAGGCCGCGGAUAUCGCUAUCGGCUGGGCCAUCGGUGUGGGCGCUCCCUUCGCCUUCCCCACCACCCUGGAGUCUGAGUACAAGUCGGACAUCUACGGCGAGCGCUGCGUGCUGCUGGGCGCCGUGCACGGCAUUGUGGAGGCGCUGUUCCGCCGCUACACCCGCCAGGGCAUGAGCGACGAGGAGGCCUUCAAGCAGUCCGUGGAGUCGAUCACCGGCCCCAUCUCCCGCACCAUCUCGACCAAGGGCAUGCUGUCCGUCUACAACUCGUUCAACGAGGCUGACAAGAAGAUCUUCGAGCAGGCCUACUCUGCCUCGUACAAGCCCGCCCUGGACAUCUGCUUUGAGAUCUACGAGGACGUGGCCAGCGGCAACGAGAUCAAGUCGGUGGUGCAGGCCGUGCAGCGCUUCGACCGCUUCCCCAUGGGCAAGAUCGACCAGACCUACAUGUGGAAGGUCGGCCAGAAGGUGCGCGCCGAGCGUGACGAGUCCAAGAUCCCCGUCAACCCCUUCACCGCCGGUGUGUACGUCGCCGUCAUGAUGGCCACCGUCGAGGUGCUGCGCGAGAAGGGCCACCCCUUCAGCGAGAUCUGCAACGAGUCCAUCAUUGAGGCCGUGGACUCGCUGAACCCCUACAUGCACGCCCGCGGCGUUGCCUUCAUGGUGGACAACUGCUCCUACACCGCCCGCCUGGGCUCGCGCAAGUGGGCUCCCCGCUUCGACUACAUCAUCGAGCAGCAGGCGUUCGUGGACAUUGACUCUGGCAAGGCCGCCGACAAGGAGGUGAUGGCCGAGUUCCUGGCCCACCCCGUGCACAGCGCCCUGGCCACCUGCUCCAGCAUGCGCCCCUCGGUCGACAUCUCCGUCGGUGGCGAGAACAGCUCCGUGGGCGUCGGCGCCGGCGCUGCCCGCACGGAGUUCCGCUCCACCGCCGCCAAGGUGUAAGCAGCCCAACCGCACUGGUCUGGGUGCAGCAGCAGCUGCUGCUGCAGCGACCGCUGUGGGCGCGCAGCCUCUCUGGGCGCUUGAAAGCGUGUCUGGAGCGCGCAGCCAGCGGCGGUUGCGGUGAUGCUGGCGAGGCCUGGAACUGGAGGCGCACGCGCGAGAGCUAGCUGUGAAAGCAGAAGCCCGCGUGGCAAGUGCUUGGGUGGGAGGGAGGCGUGGCGUGUCGCUGGCCCGAAGUGCUCGGGGGCGUGCGCUGCGCCAGGAGGUUCGCGUGUAGUGACCGGGACAAGGAAAGAGCACGCAGGAGGGAGCGCGCUUGACAGAAAUGCAGCGGUGUUGUGAGCCGCCGUGAUGUGAUGAGGUGGCUUGAGUGGGCAUGGCGUGCGCUAAGCUGCUGCGAGUCGGCGUGCGAUUUACACGCGCUGUGGUGGUGCUUCACUGCCACGACUUUUGACUAGUGCACGGGGCAGGUUAGCGGGGCUGCUCUGUUGCGAACUAAGUUGACUAGUGCACUCGCCGGACCCGGGUCUGUCCGUUUUGCAGCCCGGCGUUGUAUCAACUCACCCUUCCUCAUCGCACAUCCACUUCUCCACGGGACU